AUGUCAACAACUACUCAAACUCUCAAAUUUGCAAAGAGGAAACUUCGAAAUGAGAUCAAGUCGAAACUCAAAAUCAUAAGUCAAGAUUCGUUAAAUUCACAAUCUCAAAGUAUUUUGAAUAAAUUACAAGAUUCAACUAUUUUCAAAAAUGCUAAAACAAUUGCAGUUUAUAUGAAUAUGCCUGAUCUGGAAAUCAAGACACUUCCAAUAAUAAAUGAAUGUUUCAAAUUGAACAAACAAGUCUAUUUACCAAAUUGUAACACUCAACCUGCUCCAAAUCGAAAGAAGAUUUAUUUAUCAAUGCUAAAAGUUCCUUCAUUUCAGCACGUCUUAGAUUUAAAACCUCAAGGGAAAUAUCAACUUUUAGAACCAUUGGAAGGAGAAGACGCAAUAGAGCAAGGGGAUCUAGAUUUAAUACUAAUUCCAGGUGUAGCUUUUACUUCCAAUUUAAAAAGAUUAGGUCACGGAGCAGGGUUUUAUGAUGAAUUCCUAUCGGCUUAUCAUAACAAAUGGUCUACGAUUCCUACUUUAAUUGGAUUGGCAUUGGAAGAACAAAUAGUGGAAGAUGAUGUACUACCUGUAGAAAAUCAUGACUACGAAUUGAAUCAACUAAUAACCAAUAGUGAUACUUAUCCUAAGCCUAGAUAA